CUGAUCGCCAUUCACUUGGAAGUGGCCAGAAACGAUUCUUUUACACAUGGCUCAAGCAGCUCACUACUUCCGGUCUUUGACCAAGUAUCCUCUGGGUAGCCUAAGAACAUCCGUUCGAAGGCGAGCUAAAGUGAAAAGGCGAAACAUUCCCUACAAGGGUUGUGCGCUGGGCUUGGGACCCGCCACGUAAAAAAACAAUACCAAUGAAAAUGUUAAAACAGCCUCGGAUGAGAGACCCCCCUUUUGAUGACGACCAUGGCAAACGGAAUAAGGACUACGAUUUAAGGGCAUGCACCUGGAAUGUCCGGACCCUUAAUUGGGAAGGUGCCGCUGCCCAGCUGGUUGAUGUCCUCGCAAAAAUAAAGGCUGACAUCACCGCCGUCCAAGAAAUGCGAUGGACGGGACAAGGACAGAGACGAGUAGGUCCUUGUGACAUUUACUACAGUGGCCAUAUAAAGGAGCGCAAGUUUGGUGUUGGAUUCGUGGUGGGAGAGAGACUCCGUCGCCGAGUACUAUCAUUCACUCCGGUGAAUGAACGUCUAGCCACAAUCCGCAUCAAAGCGAGGUUCUUCAACAUAUCGCUGAUUUGCGCCCACGCCCCGACGGAAGAGAAGGACGAUGUGACCAAAGAUGCCUUCUAUGAGCGCUUGGAGCGCGCUUAUGAGAGCUGCCCCCGCCACGAUGUCAAAAUCGUGCUUGGCGACUUUAACGCCAGGGUGGGCAAAGAAGGUAUAUUUGGCACUACGGUCGGUAAAUUCAGCCUCCACGACGAAACAUCCCCAAAUGGGUUGAGGCUGAUUGACUUCGCCAGGGCCCGAAAUAUGGUUAUCUGUAGUACUAGAUUCCAGCACAAGAAGAUUCAUCAAGCUACCUGGCUGUCUCCGGGUCGAAAAACUACCAACCAGAUCGAUCAUGUUGUGAUAGAUGGAAGACACGUCUCCAGUGUUUUAGAUGUGCGUGCGCUCCGAGGUCCUAACAUCGACUCGGACCACUAUCUUGUUGCAGCUAAGAUUCGCACUCGCCUCUGUGCAGCAAAAAACGCACGCCAACAAACACAAGGAAGGUUCGACGUCGAAAAGCUGCAAUCACAACAGACAGCCGAACGAUUCUCUACUCGGCUUGCACUCCUGCUCUCUGAGAGCACUCGUCAACAACUCGGUAUAAGGGAACUGUGGGACGGCAUUUCAAACUCCUUACGUACAGCUGCAACCGAAACCAUUGGUUUUCGGAAAGUGCAAAAGAACAGCUGGUACGACGAAGAGUGCCGUGUCGCAGCGGAGAGAAAACAGGCUGCCUACCUCGCAACGUUACGAUCGACCACUACACGUGCGGGAUGGGAUAGAUACCGAGAGUUGAAGAGGGAAGCGAGACGCAUUUGCAGACAGAAGAAGAAAGAGGCCUAAAUGCGUGAGUACGAAGAGCUUGAUAAGCUGGCCGACAGGGGUAAUGCUCGAAAAUUCUACGAAAAAAUGCGGCGGCUUACAGAAGGUUUCAAGACCGGAGCAUACUCUUGUAGAACCCCCAAAGGUGAUCUAGUCACCGAUGCCCAGAGCAUACUUAGAUUAUGGAGGGAACACUUCUCCAGCCUGCUGAAUGGCAGUGAACGCACAACGCCAGGAGAAGGCGAACCCGAUUCCCCAAUCGAUGACGAUGGAGCAGACGUUCCAUUACCCGAC